AUGUCUAUUAAUUCUACAAUAGAUCCAUUUUACAAGGCUUUAAUACUUUUUAAAUUUAAUAAAAUAAAUGAAUGUCAUGAAGUGUGUAAUAAUAUUUUAGAUAAAAAUCCUCUUGAUCAAGCAGUAUGGUCAUUAAAAUUAGGAUGUUUUACUGAAGAAACUUAUAUAGAUGAACUUGAAAAUGAUGAAAUUGGUAUGGUAGAUAUAUUUAUGGAUGAUAAUAUUAUUUCUAAAGAUGCUAGACCUGGAACAUCAUUUAAUAGACUUUUAACAUCAGCUUUAGGUACAUCUAAUCAGGCAAUAAGACCAAGAACGACAGCUGGAAGACCUAUUAGUGGAGUUGUUAGACCUCAAACUAUAGCAAGACCUGGUACUAUGGAAAGAGCUUUGAGAUCAUCAAGAACUACCAAAUCUUCUAGACCUGUUUCUUCAAGCAGUGUAAGACAAUUAAGAUUAGGAACAGCUUCUAUGAUAGCUCAAAAGGAAGGACCAUUUAUUAAUUUAGCCAGACUUAAUGUUGAUAAAUAUGCUUCAGACAAUAAUAUAAAUAAAUAUUUAUUUGAAUAUGUAUUUUAUCAUGAAGGUGAUAUGAAAAUAGCUCACCAAAUUGCAGCAACAGCAACAAAAAUAAAUGAAUAUAAUGAUUGGUAUUGGAAAAAUGCUUUGGGAAAAGUUUAUUUUAAACUUGGUAUGUUUAAAGAUUCAGAAAAACAAUUUAUAUCUUCAUUAAAAAAUUUUAAACAUGUUGAAACAUUUGCUUAUAUAGCAAAAGUUUAUACAAGAUUAGAUCAACCCAAUACAGCAAUUGAUCAUUUAAGAUAUGGUCUUCAAAUUUUUAGAGAGGAUGUCACCCUUCAAGUACAUUUGGCUAGAAUUUAUGAGCAAUUAGGAAACAUUAAACAAAGUAUAACAAUAUAUUCAGAUCUUCUUCGUUUAGAUGCAAGUAAUAUUGAAGCAAUUGCGUGUCUUGGAACACAUGCUUAUUAUAACGAACAACCUGAACAAGCACUAGGAUACUAUAGAAGAAUUCUUCAAAUGGGAGUAAAUAAUGCAACAUUAUUUAUGAACCUCGGUUUAUGCUGUUUUGCUGCACAACAACUUGAUCUAACUAUAGCUUGCAUUGAAAAAUCACUUUAUCUUGCUACAGAAGAUAUUUAUGCUGAUAUUUGGUACAAUGUUGGUUAUAUUGCUAAUUCUAAUGGUGAUCAAAUUUCGGCAGCUAGAUGCUACAGACUUGCCAUAGCUCAUAAUCCUGAUCAUGCUGAAAGUUACAACAAUCUUGGUGUUAUAUUUAUGAAGCAAGAAAAAUACGAUAAAGCAAAAAAUUUCUUAAAAGCAGCAAUUUCAAAAAAUGAAUUUCUUUAUGAACCACAUUUUAACUUAGCUUACAUUUAUUAUGAGACAGGAGAAUUUAUUCAGGCAUACAAAUAUGCUUCCACCUGCCUAGAGAUAUUUCCAACAUAUGCUUAUGCACUUCAAAUAAAAGAACAAAUAAGUGAAAUGAUAGAAACAACAAACAAUUCAUUUUGUCAAUAA